AUGAUUAAUGCGCAGCGUGCCCAAGAGGAAGAAUAUUCGCUGCACAUUAUUCGAGAAAAAACAAAAGACAAAUCGAUUUCAAUUGAUGUAGACCUUGGAGGCCAGCCAAAAAGAAUGGAAUUAGACACUGGAGCUACUAAGACAAUCAUAAGUGAAGAAACAUACAACAAACUAAGUAAGAAUUUGACACCACUUCGCAAGACAACAGUGGUUCUUAACACCUAUACCGGAGAGAGAAUUCCAGUAGCGGGCGAAGUAAUGGUUCUAGUACGGUAUGGAAACCAACAGCAUAACUUACCCGCACUUGUGGUCAAAGGCCAAGGUCCAAAUCUGUUUGGACGAGAUUGGUUGCGUGUAAUGAAAAUGAACUGGGCCUUAAUAUUCCAAAUAAAUUAAUGUCAUCCUUGCAGUGAAUUGAAGGAAGUUCUUGAGACCCACAAAGAGGUUUUUACCGACGAAUUAGGUACUUUGUAAUUAAGGAACAACAGCAACAAUCUAUGCAAAUCAAGAUGCACAACUCAAAUUUGUAAGGCUCGGCAAGUUCCUUUUGCUAUGAAAAUUCCACUGGGAUCAAAAAUUAGAGAGGCUACAGCGAGAGGGAAUCAUAUCUCCGGUUGAAUUUUCAGAUUGGGCUUCACCAAUAGCGAGAGUAGCCAAACCAGAUGGAUCGGUCCGCAUAUGUGGUGAUUACAAAGCAACAAUUAACCAAGCUUCGAAACAAGACAACUACCCAAUAUCGAAGAAGGAGGAUCUGCUUACAACCCUUAGUGGAAGCCAAAAAUUCACUAAGUUGGAUAUGUCAUAA